AUGUCGUCGUUUCCACAAAUCCGUUCUCAGCUGAGAACUCUCGAGUCUAGGACCGAGUCAUCAUUGUCGGAGUAUUCCGGUAUCAUCCAGUCCGUGAGUUCGUCACCUUCUACUACGGAGUCCACUCUCAUUCAGGAUAUUGAAUCUUCUCUCAAACAGCGACAGGAUCUGAUUAGUCAGUUGAAUAGGAUUGUUGAUUCAGAUGCCAAUUCUAGCGCGACAAAACUGCAUCAACUACAAAGACAUAAGGAGGUGUUGAUGGAGCACAAGACGGAAUACCAAAGAGCGCAAGCAACUAUAGAACAGGAGAGAAAUCGGACAAAUCUGCUAUCUUCCGUAAGAUCGGAUAUUGCUACUCAUAGAACCCGGUCCGCCACUCCAGGUACUGGACAAGAUGCAUCUAGCUAUAUGCUUGAAGAACGAUCUCGAAUCGAUAAUUCACACAACCUAACUGAUACUUUGCUGGCACAGGCAUACGAGACCAGAGAUGAAUUCAUUCGCCAACGGGCGUCAUUGGCCAGCGUUCAAAGACGGAUAUUGCAAAGUGCGUCUCAUAUUCCUGGUCUCAACACUUUGAUCUCCAAAGUCAACACUAGAAAGAAGAGAGAUAGUCUAAUUUUGGCCUCUCUAAUCACUUUAUGCAUUCUUUUUAUAUUUUUUAUUCGUUAG